AUGGCCCCUUUGACAUCCACGGCUGCUCGCGCAGCUUCGCGAGCCUCCUCAUCUGCCACCGCCGGCGCCCGUCUGUCCCAGAUGCGCAGUCAUUUCAGCAGCUCCAGUGCCGCGAGACAAGAAAUCCAAGAUGCAUAUAUCCUCAGUGCCGCGAGAACACCUACUGCCAAGUUCAACGGUUCCUUCGCCAGCUUGUCGGCUCCUCGGCUGGGCGCCGUCGCCAUCAAGUCGGCCAUUGAGAAAUCCAAGGUCCCCAUCUCGAAAAUCACCGACGUGUACAUGGGCAACGUGCUCUCCGCCGGUGUGGGCCAAUCGCCCGCUCGACAAGCCAGCAUCUUCGCCGGCCUCCCAACCUCGGUCGAAGCCGUGACCGUGAACAAGGUGUGCGCCUCGGGCUUGAAGGCUGUGGUGCUGGCCGCCCAGAACAUCCAGCUCGGUCUCGCUGAGGCCCAAGUUGCCGGCGGUAUGGAGAACAUGUCGCGAGUGCCGUACUAUCUGCCGCGGGCAGCGCACAACCCGGCGUUUGGCCACUUUGGCCUGAAAGACGGCUUGAUCGAGGACGGUCUCUGGGAUGUAUACAACCAGUUCCACAUGGGCAACUGCGCCGAGAACACGGCCAAGAAGUACGAGGUCACCCGUGAGCAGCAGGAUGAGUAUGCUAUCCGCAGCUUCGAACGCGCGCAGAAGGCCUGGGCCGAGGGCAAGUUCAACGACGAAGUCGUGCCAGUGACCGUCCCGGGCAAGAAAGGCGACACCGUUGUCACUGAGGACGAAGGCUACAAGAACCUGAAAAAAGACAAGGUUGCCACGUUGAAGCCUGCAUUCGUGCGUGACUCUUCCGGUACCGUCACCGCCGCCAAUUCGUCCACCUUCAACGAUGGAGCCAGUGCCUUGGUGCUGGGAAACAAGGCCAUCGCACAGGAAUACGGCAAGGGAAGCCGAGUGCUUGCACGCAUCGUCAGUUCCGCAGACGCCGCACUGGACCCCGUCGAUUUCCCCAUUGCCCCGUCCAAGGCUGUCCCUCUGGCCCUCGAGCGAGCAGGCAUCACCAAGGACGACGUGGCCAUCUGGGAGUUUAACGAGGCCUUUGCCGCCGUCAUCAAGGCCAAUGAACAAAUCCUCGGUCUCCAAGACGCCAAAGUCAAUCUUCUCGGCGGCGCCAUCUCCCUGGGCCAUGCCCUUGGCAGCUCCGGCUCCCGCAUUCUGACCACUCUCCUGCACCAGCUGAAACCGGGCGAGUACGGUGUCGCCGCCAUCUGUAACGGCGGCGGGGCUGCCACGGCCAUCGUCGUCCAGAGGAUCGAAAGUGUCGAGUAA